AUGGCUAACCAUAAAUCUCCUCUGAGAGACCGACUGCUUUCAAACUCUCCUGACCCAAUCAAGUCUUCUAUCUUGCGCGAGUCGGGUAUGGGUUGGAAUUCACAAUCAAGUGGCUCCCUUUCUUCUUCCUCUAGCGGAGGGUCCAUUACCUCUCCACUUCGUAUCUCGAAACGAGAUUCUCCAGGACGUCCAAGAGGACCUGCGAUUGCCCGCCGUUCCUCAUCAAGCUAUAAACAUGUUCAUAACAACAACCUUGUUUCGAAGUCUCCCUUUAAAUCACAGAUCCCAACCCCGUCUACCUCAUCCAAUCGUCCAAUCUCCAUCACUUUUCCGACCUCGUCGCCCACCCGACGGGUCUCAGGUGAGAAGCGACCUCGUCCUUCAUCUCUUUAUGAGCAAGCAGAAAACGAGAACGAGCGUCCUUUUGCUUUAAAACGAGAACGCAGACAAAGUAAAGGUUUCCAAAAUCUCAUCGAAAAGGAACCCGUCACCAAGAGUCCUUUCAAGUUGCGUCAACGCACGAGCUCCGGUUCCCGACCUUCAACCUCGCCUAUCCCCGUGCCUCUCACCAGAGCACCUUUGGCUACCUUUACGCCUUCCGCCACCUCAAUACAGCCUCCCGCCUCACUUAGUGCACCUCCUCCUCCUGCGAUAAGCCCAGGUCCCUCGCCAGGUCGUUCAUCUCUCGUUUCAAAGAGGAUGCAUGGUCCUCGUCUCAGUGGUGGCGGGAAAAGGGAACGCCGAAAAACGGUCACUUUUGACGAACGGUGUGAUGUUGUCGAGUUCGACCGUGAGGAGGAAACAGAUGAAGAAGCUUUAGAAAUGGACGAAGAUGAUAAUGCUCAAGAUGACGCUGAUGAUCCAUUUUUCCGAGCAACUGGGCAUUCGGGGGAUCACGCCCAUGAGGAAGUAAUGGACCAAAAUGAGUCCUACGAAAGUAUCCAACUAUCGGACACGGGGAGUCCAAGUGCUACCCCUUCUCUGAUGGCCUUGGAUCCCGAUACCAGCAUAACUGGCCUUGUGGAGGAGAUUUUUUUCUCGCCCAAUGCCCGCAAUUUUCUUCCGGACUCUAGCUUUGCAUCUAACGCGAGUACCCCCCCACGAUACUCAGACAUACCCACGGAUUUGGACACUGAAGACGGCGUUCCAUUCGGGAGGAGCCAUCAUGUUGAAAGAUUUAUUCAACACCACCACCAACAACCCUCCCAGACCCAACAACCUCUAGGGUUUUCACCUCAUGACUCUCCCCGCCAUUCACUUUCUCUCCAGCGCAACCAUGCACCUGGCUCGUACCCUUUUAGUUUCAACCUCCCAACACAUGCUUCCCCCCAUGGUCCUCCAGCAACGCCACCUCGUCGCUCUCCCGGCAUGCAAAGCACCCCGCCCUUAGGACGCUCGACACAUUUUGAAAGAAUUAAACAAGCCCGGGAAGAGGAGAAAGAGGAAGACGCUGAUGACGUUAAUCAACUACCACUCAGUCCCUCACCGAUGAAGCAGUCCAGCAGAGAUAUCGCGCAAGAAGAAGGUUUGGUUCCUCGCUUCAGUAUUUUGAACGAAGCCCAAGCGGAAUCCUCUUACAAAUCAACUCCCGAUGGGGGUGCAGACCCUUUCCAACAGUGCUCAUUACAGGAAGAAUCUCCUCCAGAGAUCCACGGUGACGAGUCCGUGGGUUCUGUAAACGUAUCAAUAGGCAACUCCCAAGUCAGUUUCGUCAGCUUGGGAGGGACUGACAUAGGAGCUGAAGCAGAGGGGGACAGUUUCAAUUCAACGGAGGAUUCGCACAGAUACGAAGAAACGGCAGAUGUAGGGGAAGACGAACAGGAACGGUCUCCCUCAUAUCCGGCCUUCCAGCCACCUGUCUUGGCGUGCGUUGCUUCUCCAAUAGGCCGACUGUCUUCCCCGGUAGGGCGUAUCUCCUCGCCUAUUGGACGCGUCACUUCCCCCCUACUUACUGGUGAUCAAAGCCCUAGUAUGGGGGGACGGCCGCGAAUUAACAAGGAGGAGGUGAGGAGAAGGUUGUUGGGACGAAGGAGUGUUGGUAGUCCAAGCCCUGAACUUGGUUCCCCGUCUCCGAGAGAAGAAAAAAGUCCCGAGUGUGAAGCAUCUCAGCUGGCCUCUGAUGUCAACGCUCAGGUUGACGUCAACUCCGAAAGGCUACGAGUGGAAUAUGAAGAAGACAGAGAAAGGGACAGGAUGUCCGUCAUGACCGGCCAGACGGAUUUCAGCACUGAGACGGCGAUUGUUGAGCAAGCAGAGAGGAGAAAUGUGCUUGCCAGUGUCACGGGACAAGACAGAGUGAACGAGCGGGAGUUUGGGUUUCUAAGCACCGGAGAAAGGCUUCAAUUUGAUUUUGGUAGCAAGUUCGGUCUGGGAGGGUUGGGCAUCUCAGACGGUGGCAACGCUGGUUCCGACGAUAAUUUGGAUGUCACGCCAGUGUCAGCGCGUACUAGGGCGGACAGCGUCAGCAGCCGUAGUGUUGGAUCUGGUGAAAUGAAGAUGGGGAACGUAGAUGUGGACAUGGAAAUGAAAAGCGCCCUCGACCGCCUUAUGGAGGACGUUGCUAGUGGGAGGGUCGACGAUUCCAUGAUGACUGACGAAUGCGACGAUUCUUACGACGAAUCCCAAGAUUCACCAAUAUCAGGGCUGUCUCGACCAGCGAUAAUGGAACGCGUGGCGACUGAUACGCCACUUCUUCAUAAUAGUACGGUGGCUGGCAUCUCAAGUAGGACCGUCAGCGACUCCUCGGUGGCCACUAUUCCUCCACAAGUUCCCCCCAAGGAUAAUAUCAAGCAGAGGGAACAAAUGAUCCUCGAACGAAGGCGCGAGGCAAGGCGGAUAACAGAGGAGGAAGAAGAAGCCUUCCGUGCCCCUUCCAAAGGCAAAGCACCUGUGAAGGAUCAACAACAUUUGGGAGUGGGAAGACCCAGUAGACGGCGAAGUAUGAGCACCGGAGAUUUGCUCGACGUCCAUGAUGUUGUAGAAGACGAUCCUCUCGCAGACAGCAUUGAGAAAGAGUUGAGCAAAUUAGUGGAACAACCCAAAAAAAGCAAAUACCAUAUUCGGGAGCGCGGGGCCAUGAUUUACGCUUCCUCGUCUGAGGACAAAAUUUCCCAUAUGCCUGGACCUGGAGACGUUGACGCAGGAAAAGCGUGGAGAGCCGUGCGGCGGCCAUCCGACAUGAACGAAUAUUCAAAGCAGAUCAAAGAAUACCGUGCAAAGGAAAAUCUUGGGAAGGCAUAUGGCAAAGUCUUCGUCAAAGUGCUAGGUGUGAAAGGUGUUCAUUUGCCGCUCCCGGACCAAGCGACCACAAUUACUUGCACACUGAACAACGGAAUUCAUUUCGUUACUACCCCGGAAUGCCAAUUAAGCCAGGAUUGCCGCAUCGAUCAAGAAUUCGAAUUAAUUGAACAUAGCAAGUUGGAGUUCACCUUGACUAUUAAAGUGAGGCGGGAUCCGCACAUAAUUUCUCAAUUCAAGGCAUUGGCACCCGCGCCUCCACCUCCGGCACCAGUACCACCUCCAGUCGUCCAAACAGCCUCGAAGAGUAGCGGAAUGCGAAGUUUCUUUUCCUCAUCGCCUAAAAAGUCAAAAGAAAAGGUCGCUCAACCUCCUCCUCCAGCCCCAGCCCCUACCUCGCAACCCCUUCAGCGGCUGCCAGAAAAUCUCGCUCGGUAUCUGAAACCAGAUGGCACGCUUGCACGGGCCUUCAUUUCUUUCAAAGAUAUAGCAGCCCGAUGCGAUACUAGGCUGUUUGAGACGAGCUAUCCCUUGAUUGGACAGCGGGUUGAACUUGGUGGGAAGUUUUCGACGUUGCAAGUUGGAGAAAUUUUGUUGCAAAUGUUUAGGCUCCCUCCAUUACCCGGCAUUCCCCCAGAUCAACUUCCACAAAGCUUGGACGAUUGUCAUCGUGGACUGAGGCAUAUCAACUGGCACAAGGUGACAUACUUCCAAGGUACAUUGACCCAGAGUGGCGGUGACUGUAGCACCUGGCGUAGACGACACUUGCGUGUCGUUGGUGCCAAUCUGGUGGCCUUCAACGACGUGACAAAGAAAGCUACCGCGACCAUCGACCUCAAGAAAGCGAUCGCGGUCGAAGACGACCAAGAGGCGCGUAAAAAUGCGCUAAGUUCAUCCGCUGGAUCAAAUCCUCGUAGCAGCCGGUAUGCUGACGAGUACGACGGUCUAUACGGCGUGGAGAGAUCUUUCCGAUUAAUCUUCCCCCAUGACGAAGAAAUUAUCUUCUUUGCUGAUACGGAUGAAGAAAAGGCCAGAUGGUUGGAAGUUUUACGCGCCUUGGUUGGCCGCAUACCACCACACCCGUUGUGGGCUGAACUUCUUUGGCAGCGACACGAGGAGAUAACGAAACGAAAUCAAGCGGCUCAGCAAACAAUCCUCCCUUCGUCGCGGUAG